CAUGUCGGCCAUGAUUUGUCCAAAAACAACCAGCUCCGUACGGACUACCAAUCAUAUCUUUGCUUGCAUGUUGGAAUAUUUGUUUUGCUCAUAUCAGAUCAAAUAGACAGAUCAAACAGACAAUCUUUGACCAUCCGUUGACCCCACAUAAAUAGGCAAUGCACAAAGUUGGGAAAGAAAACUGAGCGCAGCAAAAUGGGUGCUUCGACGCUUCGAUAUUCCGCAAUUCUGCUGGUUUUCCUGGGUUUUCUGAUCAGUCACAGGAGCAGCGCAGAAAAAGUUCUCUUGGUACCUCCGCCAUGCGCUGAAAGCCCCUGGAUGUCUAUGGCCAAAAUGGGUUGUGCUUUGGUGGAUAAAGGCCAUAUCGUCACUGCGGUUGUUUCAGAGGACUUUGUGGGAAAACGGCGGUCAGAGUGGCCUGAUCUUCAGUUUGAGGCAAUUCAAGACCAUGGGACCCAAGUAAGGCUCAAAAAAGAAGAAAACGAGAUUAUGUCUACGGCUGAAAAACUUAAUCUCAGUAACCUGAUAGAAUGGAUGCCAGCUGCGAUGGAAGGGUUCAAGGAAUACUGUGCCCAUCUGCUCGGAGAUAGCAGCCUGAUGGAUCGGCUGAGGGCUUCCCAGUACAGUGUUGUUAUCUCUGAAACCUUUUUUCCUUGUGGUGCUAUCCUCUCAGCUCAACUUGAUAUCCCUAACAUCGCCUUUAUGCGUUUAGAUCUCCACUUUCUGGACGAAAAAGCAACCGGUGUGCCACUCCCUCUUUCGUAUGUACCGUCAAUAUUGACUGAUUUUACCGAUGACAUGACCUUCGUACAGCGGCUUCAGAACGUUGUCUUGUCUACACUUGUACCUGUAUUGGCACGACUGGGUGUGAGUAGCUACUAUGACGAACUGGUCCGAAAGUACAUUGGCGAGAAAGAAACUAUCCAGAGUGUGACGUCACGCGCAGUCUUGUGGCUUUGUCGAACCGACAAUGUCUUGGAUUUUCCUCGUCCCAGCAUGCCCAACAUGGUUCAGGUCGGAGGACUGAAUGUCGGAGCGAACAACCCCCUUGCUGAGGAUGUAGAAGCGUUUGUCAAGAGCUCAGGAGACGAUGGAGUGAUUGUCGUCAGUUUUGGGUCAUUUGUGGAGACGAUGUCGGCGGAGAGGAGAGAAGUCUUCGCGGCAGCCUUCGCCCGACUCCGACAGAAAGUGGUGUGGCGUUACGUGGGUGAGAAGCCGAUUGGUCUGGGUAACAACACCAAGCUGAUGGGCUGGCUUCCUCAGAAUGACCUACUGGGCCACCCAAAGACCAGAGCCUUCAUUACUCACGCUGGGUCGCACGGUAUGUACGAGGCCCUGCACCACGGCGUGCCCAUGGUCUGUCUGCCGCUGUUCGGGGACCAGCCCGCCAACGCUGCCCGCGUGGUGGCCAGGGGACUGGGGGUGACGUUGGACUUUAGCACGGUCACCGCCGACCAGCUGUACCAGGCAGUUCUUCAUGUUGUGACCAACACAAGCUACCGUGAGACGGCAGCCCGCCUGUCCCGUCUGCACCGUGACCAGCCGCAGUCACCCAUGGAGCGGGCCGUCUGGUGGAUAGAACACGUCAUCAAACAUGGCGGACUGCCUCAUCUCCGCGCACGCGCCGUGGAGCUGCCGUGGUACCAGUACUACCUGCUGGACGUGGCUGUGUUCCUGUUUGCUGUCUGUUUGGCUGUCUUAGGGACAGUGUGGUGCAGCUGUCUGUUCAUUUGCAGGAAGAUUUGCCGUAAAAGUGGCGGCAAGCUCAAGUCCCAGUAA